AUGUCGGAGACCGCGCCCGCCCCCGCCGCUGAGGCAGCGCCCGCCGCCGCGCCGGCCCCCGCUCCGGCCAAAGCUCCUGCCGCCAAGGCCGCCGCCAAGAAGGCGAAGAAGGCGGCGAGCGGCUCCAAAGCCCGCAAGCCCGCGGGGCCCAGCGUCACCGAGCUGAUCACCAAGGCCGUGUCCGCCUCCAAGGAGCGCAAGGGGCUCUCGCUCGCCGCGCUCAAGAAGGCGCUGGCCGCCGGCGGCUACGAUGUGGAGAAGAACAACAGCCGCAUCAAGCUGGGGCUCAAGAGCCUCGUCAGCAAGGGCACCCUGGUGCAGACCAAGGGCACCGGCGCCUCUGGCUCUUUUCGUCUUAACAAGAAACCCGGAGAAGUCAAGGAAAAGGCUCCCAGGAAGAAAACUGCAACAGCCAAACCUAAGAAGCCGGCGGCCAAGAAGCCCGCCAGCGCCGCCAAGAAGCCCAAGAAAGUUGUGACAGCGAAGAGCCCCAAGAAGGCAAAGAAGCCAGCGGCCAAGAAAGUAGCCAAAAGCCCGAAGAAAGCCGCAAAGACUACCAAGCCCAAGAAAGUGGCGGCAGCACCGAAGAGCCCAGCUAAGGCAAAGGUGUUAAAACCCAAAGCAGCCAAGCCUAAAGCCGCAAAGGCAAAAGUGGCCAAGGCAAAGAAGGCAGCGCCCAAGAAGAAGUAACUCCCUCAUUGCGUGAAAGCCUUGAGCUUCACUUACAAACCCAACGGCUCUUUUAAGAGCCACCCAAAUUUUCUUUAAAAGAGCUGAAAUCCGGUUUUGAGGGGUAAUAUGCUUUUAUGUAACGAAGAGGGUUCGCGAAUUUAAACGCUGGAAUAGCUUUUAAAC